UAAAGUAGAAAGAAAAUGGCAUGAUCACUUGUAUCCAAUACUGACAUCAUUAAAACUGGAUGUUUGUGCUUUUAAAAAAGCAAUGGAUUCAGCCAAUAACCGAAUAAUACUGUUUCAGUUUCACCAAGCACUUCUUGUGAACUUUAUCAGUUAUCUAGAUAAAGAGUUAAACAAAGAGUUGAAAGUAUGCAAAAUAUCACCUGCUAUAAUUGAUGACAUGCAUAUUAAUGAGUUGUGUGUUGAAGAUGGGGAAAAAUUGUGGAAGUAUCCUUUUUUGGAAGCUGCUGAUCCUGUUAAGCCAUUGUUAAUACCAUGUGCUGUAAUGACUUCUGAAAAAUAUAAGAAUGACAUUUUUCAUCAGCAGUGCAAAGAUCAAGUUAAAUGCCUAAACAACACAGACACAUGGCCUCAAAUUGCUGUAGCUGUGGAAGCUGCUUUUGAAUCUUGUACUCUUAUUGUGGCAAAACUGAGAGAUCAAAGCAUUACUCUUCAUGAAAUUGACACUCUAUUUCGUAGUGCCUCUAGUGCUGGUGUCGUUGCUCAUACACUGAGUCAACUAGAAAGUGCUCUGUUGUUUUCGAGAGAUACAGUAAAUUUUUUAAAAAGUGCCCUGACUUUCUCAAAUCAAAAGCCACCAUGCAGUGUUUCCAGUAUCUUUAUAACACCUGAGACUGAAUCGUUAUCACCUUGGAUCAAUGAAGUUGCCACUAAUGUUUAUUUAUGGAGAGGCCUGUCACCCUUAUUAAUAGAAGCACAAGACUUUGCAGAUAUAUUAAAUGAUUUAGAAGUUGAACCUGCUGAAUUCAUAGCAUUCUCAAACUUAAGUCUUCACACUACUAAACUUAAAUCAGUUGCAUCAGAAAAAGAAAUUUUAGAAUUCAUGAGAAAAACUAAAGAACUAACAGGAGAAAUUAAAGAUUCAAUAAGAAUGUUCGCUAAAAGCAAAAAGCUACGUGAAUGGAUUUUAGCUAAAAGUGAAGAUUUGAAUGCAAUGGAGACAUUUAUUGGAGUAGUAUUAGAUACAUUGGCUGAAGAAGGAGAUGAGAUACAAGAUAGAUUAACAAAUUUAUCAGAGUUGUGUAGCAAGUUUUCACUUUUAAUUUACAACUUUGAUGAAUCUAAGUCUAAAAUAAAAUGUCUCAUAAAGCUCUUUGAAGAUACUUAUAAGAAGCUAUCUGAUCUAAGUGGUGCUAUUUCAUUAGUUGAAAUUUGUAACAAUGAUUUUGAAUGGUACAAGAGGAUUGGAGAACUACAGGGAUCAAUAGAACAAGGAGCUGUGACACAAAUGAGAGAAAUUAAUCAACAUGGAUCCUAUAGUAUUCAGUCUUCAGGGGACUCCCAUAAAUGCAGAGUAUCAUUAAGCAUAGUUCAGGAUAAAAAGCAUAUUGUAUCGUUAGAUGAUCUCAAUGAACUUGAGAGUAAACUUGUUCUUAUUACAAGGAAGCAUUCAUCAUGGGCUGAAGAAAAAGAGCUAUUUCAAGAGAUGCUGAAGAGAAUAAUUCUCAUUUCUGAAUCUGUUCAAAAGUUAAAGGAUUUUGGUCACUUAGAGUACCUUGACUGGGAGAAAAAAUAUCACUGCCCUGAGUAUGUAUGGAAUUUAAAAAGCCUGGACCAGGAAAUCAGUACUUUAGAAAACACUUUAAUUAGUUGGAUGUAUAAUGUAUGGAACUGUCGUUAUGAGUUUCCUGAAUUAAAUUACUACACUACAGAGCAGCUCAUUGUUUUCAGGAAAGAGCUGACAUUGAUUAAGAAUGAUCCAUCAAAAGAAGUUAAUCCUCAAGUAUUUUACCUUCUUCAUAGUGUAGUUGGGGAACCUGUUGAUUCUACAAUGCUUUUAAAGAAGGGACUGAAGUAUGAUGAAAAGUUUAGUAUAGUUCAUGAAGAUAAUGAGGAGGAUUCUUCAUCAAUCGAAGUUGCUCAGCCAGUUGACUUUCUCCUUUCGGUAGAUGAUGCAGUGAGUCUUAAUGCAUCUGAAGUUGAGAGUAUUUCUGUGUUGCAAGAAGCUAUGAACAGUCUAAAUGAGAAAAAGAGAGAGAUAUAUCAUGAAUUAGUUAACUGUGGAUAUCAAAAUUAUAAAAGUGUUGAAGCAGCAACACUGCAUGAUGACAUAUAUAAUGCAAUGGACUGGUGUGAUGAACUAGAGGAUAAAGAAGAGGAAACUCUACGAAAUAAAUAUUUCCCUGCACAAACUACUGCUACAUCUACCAAUAGCUUAUCAUUUUCUCAAGACUGUUCACUCACAGUUUCCGAACAAAACCCGAUUAAAAUAUCAGUUAUGCCUGAUUUUGUUCAUUUUGAUGUUACUCCUAUUGUAUCAAUGUUUGUAAGCAGUGACAUUCAUUUUACACCCAAUCUACUAAUGGAUGACAAGAAGAUGAUGAUGUCACUCAAUGAUCUUGGAGAUUUUUUAAAGACAAUCACAAAACUGAGAGGACGAAAGCAAAUCAAAAGAAGUUUUCCAGAACAAUUUUUUGAAAAGGGUCAACCAAAUCUUGUUGUAGCACCAGCAGAUGAAAUAUUCAAUUGUGUUAUUCAAAUAUAUGCUGAGGAUGAAGAUGCUCCAUUACCAUGUUAUGAAGAAAUCCUUUUGUGCUCUUCAAACACAACCCUUGAACAAGUAGUAGUUUUUUGGAUGAGAACUUUGUUCGAUCAAUAUCCUGGAAGAAUUUAUUGUUUAGUUCAUGCUGAAAAACUUGGCUAUUUGGUAUCUGAUAAAGCAAUUGAUUUGCUUUUAUAUCUCUCUCAAGGAAUAACUGAUUACAGAUUGGUUAUUGUGUGCAGCAAUGAGUCAGAAGGAAAGUCACAUGUUAUAACACGUCUUAAUUCCUAUCAUCGUAAUUGGAAAAAGAACGAUGAUUUGAAUAUCCUGAAGAAAUACUUGAAAAAGCAUUUCAUACCAAAGACCAAUGACAAGAACAUCAAUGCCUCCAUUAUUGAUGACGAAGAGUCUCUUGUGCGUAUUAUUUAUUCAAAACAAGCUGCUGCUGGCAAAUCACUUCAUAUUCGUAAAAUGAAAGACAGACUCAAUGCAGUAUUAAAGGAGAAAGACUUACUGAUUAGCAAGAAAAAGCCAAAGGUGAUGCUAUCUAUUCCUCUACAUGGGCCUGAUGUUACUCCUGAUGAAGUAUUGAAGAUGCUUCUGGCUGAAAAAAAUGUUGUGAAAUCUUGCAUCAUUCAUAUUGAUGUACCUCAGCAGGUUCUUCACAGUAUUGAUGAUAUUUUGUUCAGUAUAAUAAUUCUUCAAGGUCUGAGUGACAGUAGAGGACAAAUCUGGAGAUGUCGUUCCACUCAUUUUUAUGCUAUUGAAAUGACAAUACCCAGUGAAACAAGUUAUAUUAGAAAAUUUACAGAAGCAAGAAGAGCAUUGUCAUUACUUUAUCUGGUUCCAAAUAAAGAAUGCUAUCAGCCAUUAAAAAUGAUGAGAAAGAUAGGCAAAGGUGAUCUCACUGAUUUACGUACACCAAUGUAUCAAAGAGUUUACAAGUAUUUGAAGCUGUUUGACUCAAAGAAGUAUCAAGAACUUGAAAAAUUUCAGUACAUUGGUACCCUGGAGGAUACUAAUGAACAAUGUUUAGAAACUAUAAUAAAGCAUUGUGGCACAACAAAUCCAACAUGGAAAGAAAUACGUCAUUUUGUUUGGUUUUUGAAUCAUCAACUUAGUGCUUGUGAGCAGUCCAAUGUAAUCAAAACUGUUAAAGGGCUCAAGACAUUCACUGUCAAGUUUAUGAUUGAUAUGUCACGAGAUUUUGCAACAUCAUCUAUGCCUAAUGAAGAGGGAAGUGAAGACAUAAUUAAUCAGCACAAUCCAAGGCAGAAUUGGGAACACAGCCUCCAUCCUUACCUAUUCUUCAAUAAAAAUAGAAAGUCAGUGACACAUGUUGGAUUGGCACUGAAUGGAUUAGAAGUUGUGGAAGAUAAAUCACAAUUUCAUCAACACAAGUUUACUAUGCAAAUAUCCCCAGAAGUUGAACGGUUCUUGUCACUAAAAGUUAAUGUCCCCAAAAUUUCUCAGCAAAAAAUAGGAAAUGUAUUGCAGAGGAGUAGUAAUGAAGGCUAUAUGCUACUGAAGCGUUUAGUAAAUUUUAUGAAUAUUCCAAUUGAAGAUGGGAUAGAAAUUAUAUCUCCAGAUGAGAAUUAUGUUCUCACACAAGAUAACUUAACCAAGAUCAUGGGUAUUCAAACUCGAUUCAGGUGUCAGAUUCCUGUUGUAUUAAUGGGGGAAACAGGCUGUGGUAAGACUCAUCUCAUUCGCUUUAUGUGUAAAGUGGCUGCUUAUGACAAAAAUAUCAAGAACAUGUUUAUUAUAAAGAUUCAUGGAGGUACAACAGAAGAUGAUGUAAUAAAAUGCUUAGAAGAGGCUGAAUUUGAAGCAUUAAAAAAGAACAGAAAGGAGAAAGUUGAUACUGUAGUAUUCUUUGAUGAAGCUAACACUAGUGAUGUUAUCAGUUUGAUUAAAGAGAUUAUGUGUGAUGGAAAAUGCAGAGGCAAACCAGUACCACCUUUUCUAAAGUUUGUAGCAGCUUGCAAUCCUUAUAGACGCCAUUCAGAAGCCAUGAUAAAACAAUUGAAAGGUGCUGGCCUUGGAUGGAGAGACAAAGAGCCUUCAAGAGCAACUGAAAAAUUAGGAGAAAUACCAUUAAGAGACUUGGUUUAUAGAGUACUAAAAAUUCCUGAUAGUUUAAAAGCACUAGUGUAUGAUUUCGGAAAAUUGGAUAGCAACACUGAAAGAGACUACAUUUAUCAAAUUGUUCACAGCAGACUCAAAGAAGAAAUAUAUGAAAAGGAAGUACUUCAUGCUAUUGCUCAUGUUCUUGCAGAAUGUCAAAAAUAUUUAAAAAACAACCAGGAUGAAUGUAGCUUUGUUAGCCUUCGUGAUGUAGAGCGGGCUAUGAUAUUUUUUAGGUUCUUUUACAAUAAAUUUAUUGUUUCAUUUCCUACUCAAAGAAUAACUUCAAAGACAACCGAUUCUUUAUUAUUGGCACUGACAGUGUCAUACUUUGCUAGACUUGACUCACAAGAUGUUGAUGAUGCUGCUAGAACAAAGUUUGAAGAUUGUAUUUUUAAAACUAUAUGCAACUCAAAAGAAUUAAAGUGUUUGUCAGUACAUCAUGCACACACAUGUAAUUUUAGGCCAAUAUUAUCUGGGUAUCAAAAUAAGCUACUUGACUGUAUGUCUAUUGAAGAAAAUAUAGCAAGGAAUGCAGCAUUGAGAGAAAACUUGUUUAUGAUGUUUGUAUGCAUUCAGUUACGUAUUCCACUGUUUCUAGUUGGGAAACCUGGUAGUUCAAAGUCUCUAGCAAAGACCAUAAUUCAAAAUUCAAUGAGAGGACAAAAUUCCAAAAAUAAAACUCUGAAACAAUUUAAUCAUGUUCAUAUUCAUUCCUAUCAGUGCAGUGAAUUAUCAACCGCAGGUAGUAUCAGGGAAGUAUUUUACUCUGCUGUAAAGUAUCAAGAGAAAAGAAGGAAGAAUGACAGUUCCUUUGUGUCAGUUGUUGUGCUGGAUGAAGUUGGAUUGGCUGAAGCAUCUCCUUAUCUACCAUUGAAGUCUCUGCAUCCACUUUUAGAGGAUGGAACAGAAGGAACUGGUAGUACUGACACACGUGUCAAAAGAGAAGAUCGUGUAGCAUUUGUUGGUAUAUCCAACUGGGCAUUGGAUCCAGCUAAAAUGAAUAGAGGAAUUUUAGUCAGGAGAAGUGAACCAUCUAUUAAUGAUCUUAUAGACAGUGCAAAAGGGAUUUGUUCUGACAAAGAUGCACAAACACGACUUGCCCACUACUUUGACAAUCUUGCUCGUGCAUAUCAUGAGAUAUUUAAGAACCAGCCAACUGAAUUUUUUGGUCUUAGAGAUUAUUAUAGCCUCAUUAAAAUGCUCCAUUGGAUGACAAAAUCAACAGGCACUAUUCUUACUGUACCUCAACUGAGGCAUGCUAUCAAACGUAAUUUCAGUGGAUUCACGGCAACUAAAGAUUUUGAUCCUUAUAAAUGUUUUCUUAACAAGCUUCCAGAACUUGAAAAUGUUCAAGGAGCUUCAAAUUUGAUGAAACGAUUACAUAACAAAGCUGUUGUUUUGUUAAAGGGUGAAAAAUCAAAAUUAUUUCUAGCAACAGCAUGUAAUACCACAUUAGAAUUCACAGAAGAGAGAAAUGUACAAAGUCAUUUUGUGAUUUAUUGUGAAAGCCAAUCUGGAAAGAAGAAAUUGUUUACAUUUCAAAGUUUGUACUUCCCAGAUUAUUUUAUUGCAGAAUAUAGAGGAAAGCUGACAUUGAAAAAAGGACGCUGUUACUUUUCUGUAAAAGAAGUUAAAAGCCAUGGAAUUCAAUUAAUUUCUAUGACAUCUUCCAAACCAGCAGAAAUUGAAGAUGAAGCAAACUUUUUUCCUAUUCAUCCAGAAAAUAGUCCUGCAAAUCCUGACUGCUCACCACGUGGUCUAAUAAGAGAAAGUUUGAUUAACAGAGAUACAUCAAAACAUGGUGAAAGUCGCUAUUUGUUAUUCUUAACUGAUAAUUAUUCUUCAUUACAAAUUCUGAAGCAUUACAUAAUGAGUAGUUAUUCAAAGUCAAGUGCAUCCCAAUAUGAACCAUUUGUAUUAUUUGGCAGCAGUUUUCCAAAAGACAGAGAUUUUGCGCAGGUUUGUCGCAAUAUCAGUGAAAUUAGAUUAUGUAUGGAAACUGGUCGAAUGAUUAUUUUAUUAAAUUUGGAGAAUUUAUAUGAAAGUCUUUAUGAUCUUCUAAAUCAAUAUUAUAUUAAAAGUGGCCGUCAUCGCUAUGUUGAUCUUGGCUUACGAACUCACAGGAUGAAAUGCUCUGUCCAUGAAGACUUUAAACUUAUACUGAUUGCUGAAAAGAAAAAAGUUUAUGACGAUUUUCCUACACCUUUAGUGAAUCGUUUGGAAAAGCAUUUUAUAAAUAAUGAAACAGUUUUGGAAGAUUGGCAGAAGACUGUAGUUGAUGACAUAGAGAAAUGGCUUAAAAGUUUUAUGACUGAUAAUGAUGGAUUUAAGAUAAAAGAUGCCUUUGUUGGGUACAAUUCUGACACCAAAGCAGCUGUUGUCCUGCAAGCUACUACUCAAUUUCAAAUGUCUAAAAACAUUCUUGAAAAAGAAAAAAUGGUGUUACAGCUAAGUAAGAAAUUACUGCUACAAAUGGCUACACCAGAUGCUGUUGUUAGAGCUCUUAAAAAGGAUACCGAAGAAGGCCGGAUGUUUCUAAAACAAGUCUAUUUUAAUGAACAAGAGCAUUCUUCACUGGUUGGACUUUUACAGAGGAUUUCAUGGCAUGACGAAAAUACCUUUUUAUUACAGGUGACGUCUCAUAGCCUUCCAAUGUAUCAAAAAGAAAUCCACUCUCUUAAAGAAUCAUUAAGAAUAGAUGACACUCAACUUGAGAGAGCUCAUUUAGAAGCAUUUGAAACUGAAUAUGAAUUCCUUGCUAGUGUUGAUGGUGCUAUAGAUAAAGGAAAAAUGAAGCCUUUUUACCAAAUCUAUGAGUGUGAAUUUGGACAAGAUAAUGGUAACCUGAUAUCUUGCUGCCGAUACCGCCUUGUUGACAAAAUUAAAGAACUGACUAAAGGAAAAUCAGUAACUUUAUUUGUCUUAAUUGUUCACUUGCCAAGAAAGUGUGACAAUACAGACUUUGUUAGCUUUCAAGAGUACCCCUGGGUAUGCUAUCAUGUUGAUGAGCUCAUUCCAUCAAAAGAAUCAAAAGCCCUUUUGAGGCAAAUUGUUUGUCAGUCAAAUCACCUUAGUCAUCUGUUUCUUGCUGAAGGCACAGACUCAACUGCUGAUAAAUUAUUUAAUACUGUAAAUGAUCCUAACCAGUAUCUUCAGUUGUUUCCUCUUGAUGAAGCUGAACCAGUCAAUCUUUGCAGUCGUGUUCAUACUUAUAUUACUGAUGCUGUAUCACAAUUAGAUCAAUCAGAAAAGAUUCAGUCAUCCCAAAAAAUUAAAAAAUUGGAGAGUUUAAUAUCAAAAAAUGCACAAAGAAGUCAAAUAUUUUACUCUGUAACAAUAGCUUUAAUGAAGAGGGUGCUGGAAGGGAUGGAUGACAGUCAGUGGUGGGUUUUUGAAGAGGCAAUAAGUAUCCAACAUCUUCAAGAAGGUGGCAGUUUUAGCAAUGUUCUGAUAAGGAGAUUUGAUAAAACCUUGAAGCCACUUUUUAUACAGAUAAUUAGAUUUAUUGAUAGGCAUUCCAACCUUCAACUACUGAUGCCUGACUGCCUUGAUGAAAAUGAUAAACCUCUCUCUAAACUAUGGUUGAAUAUCUAUAGCUCAUGGGAGCUGUGUCAAAGUACUUUGUUCAAAGUUGUAGCUUCUCAGAAGUACGAGAAAAUUGAUCAGAAAGUCUUUCAAUGUUCAUUCCCAUUCUCAUGGAUAAUAUAUGAGUACAUCAACAAAAAAAUUGAUGAUGAUAAUGAAGAUAUUUUACAAGAUUUUGAAUUGCAAGAGUGCUUCAAAAGCCUUCCUCCAGCACUUUUUAAGGAAUUUGCAGCAUUUUAUUCUCAUGAUUUUGUUUUUCUUUUGAGAUCAUCAGAUGCAACACAUUGUGAACUUCUUUCCAAGGCACUGUUGACAAUGUCUUAUGCUACUAGAUCUAUUAAUGAUGAAAGCAAUUUUAUUGAGAUUCUAUCUGAAAUUCAUUUUACUUAUUCUAAUUUUGAAGAAUAUUUUGAAUGUUUCUUGGAUUUAGCUGUUGAAAUGCCCUCCAUUGUUAGAGCUAUCACUGAUAAAAAUGAAACAAUAUCUGACAUAUCAUCUUUAAUUGUCGUUGCACUCCAAGAGGUUUUAAAUAAUAUUCAUCUUGAUGAGAAAGUUCCUCUUAAGGGCACUGCAGCUCUUAGAGGAUGGAUGCAGAAGAUGUACCAACUACAAGCAAUAAUUGAUAAUAUAUUUAACAACCUUCAUCUAGACAAUUGCCAUGAACUGAAGAAACAAUGGCAAAGAUUGUGUGUUAUGAAGCUUUUUAUGGAACAUGUUGUUGUUGAUCAUGAAAAUGAGCUGCUUAAAUUUGCCACACGUCUUGACAGAUAUUCAGAUAAAAUAGAGGACUACCGAGGCCCACAAGUUUUAAAAUCUGUUUCAACAUUACUGAUUGCUGUUGAAGAUGUUGUUAUGAAAGAGAUUGACAAGACUGAUCAAAUUAGCAUUAAAGAAAGCUGUUGGAAUUUUUUUGUGGAUGUUCUGCUUAACUUUUGUGACUCUGACAAUAAGGAAGUACUUGAGAUUUUAGUAGAUAGUGUUUUUAGUAAUGCCUCUGAGAUUCCAAAAUUACAUACUUAUAUUCAACGUCAUCCUGAAAAAUUACCCUUCCUUCAUUCCUUUACUAUCAAGCUUAUUUUGUCUGAAGAUUUAUUUAUGGCUACUGAUCAUUUGCUAAAAAUCAAAGAUUGUAUUGCUGCUUCUGUAUCUGGUCAGACAAAAAUAUCUAUGAACAGCUUCUUUGCACUUGUCAUUGCUUACUUAAAAAUGAAAACACAUAAAGAGGGAAGCCUUGAAAUGUCAGAAAUUGUCUACUGUACUGAUACUCUGCUAGGCUCUAGCUGUGAAAUACUACUCUCUGCUUCUUCUAAUGGUGAAAUGACUUCUCCAGAGUGUCUAUUAGCUAUUGCUCAACUAAUGUAUUCGUGUCAGUUAUUGGCUAAAACGGUUGCAGAUGAAGAUUACAGGUCUUUAAACAGUACAGCUGAUGUUGACUAUUUUUAUAAUAAAGCUGACCCAGUAUUUCAAAAACCAGAGUUAAAUGAUGAUGCAGACAAAUCUGGUCCCUUGUUUUUUCUGAUACGUUUUGUUGUCAGAAGAUAUGGAAUUUCUGUUUUAACUAAACUAAUGGAGUUGCAAUAUCAACAAUUCAGCUGGGUAUUGUCUUCAAAUAUGGACAUUGAUGACUCAUUAAAAGAACGCCAGUUUGUAAAUUAUGGAGCUAUAUACCAACCACAGUAUCAAAAAUUUUAUGAAGCUAUUUCUGAAGCUACUACAGUUACAGGAGAUUUCAAAGCUCUUGAAAAAAUUUCUAAUAGCGCAACCAGUGUUAGUAAUCUGGUACCUUUGAUAAUGGCCCUUCAAUAUCGUAUGCAGUUAAGCUAUGUUAGUUCAACACCAUCUAAUAGACUCUCUCCUGAUAAAAUAAAGGCACUUCAUAACUUUAUAAAACAAUGCAAGCAUUUCAAUAGUUAUCGUGAAAUUUCAAAAUGUAUUGAGGAAAUAGUUAUAAAAAAUUGUCGCAUAAUUCCAGCAAUAAAGGUGUUAAAAGAGGACUCCUUUAGAACCAUUAUAUUUAGGACACUAUUGAUACACUCAGUAUUGACAGUACAAGCUAACAGGCAAUCUCCUCUAAUAUCAGUAUUACACUCAUUAUUGACAUCGCCUGACACACUUCAAGGUUGUAUGUUACCUGGAAUGCCCUCCAGUACCAAUACUGGUACUGCAAGUAUCGAAGUGCCUCUUUUCCCAGAAUGUACAAAGGGCCACAAGUUUCCAUCAACAAUGGUUGAUAUUUCUUGUCCAGAAUGCGGGAAUAUUAUUCAGUCACCUCAACCAGCUUAUCCUCAAUUUAUUCCUUCAGCAACAGGCUAUGUACCGGUGGCAGUUGGUUGUGAGACUCCUCCAUUUGGAUAUCUUAAUGGAAUAUCAUACAGUAUUAUAAGGUGUAUCAUUCAUUGCAUUUUGUUGUGGGCAACUCAUGAUGGAAAGAAUGUUGGACAAAUACUUAAUGGAAAGAUUGAUGAUCCUGAGAGCUAUUUUUGGAUUCAAAUUGAAAUUGAUAUCAAUGACUUAUCAAAAGCUUUUAGUUGUUCUGUGGAAGAAGCCUCUUUUGUAAUUCAUUUUGUGUUAAAGAAGAUUAAUGAGAAAUGUCUACAAGUUGGGAUACUUCCAAACGUCGUUAGAUCAAUCACACAACUACGUAGCAUUGCUGAUCGAGAACAAUGGGAGGAACUAUUUCAUCAGUUUUUCAUUACACCAGUUUUAGAGAAUUUUGAAGUGCACUUACUGGAAAGCAUCAGCAAAAUGCAUUCAGACACUGACUACAGUGCUCUUUUUGAUUCAGCAUAUAUGGCCCACAGAAAUGCUGAUCCCUUUUUGUGGCAGGUAUAUCCAGAACCAACUCUUGAAUAUCUUAGACAUGGCUUGAUAACUUUUCAACGAAAAGAUACUAACCCUGUCCUUUUCACAUUAAUAACUGAGAGUAGUUGCAUAAAUGCAACAGUAUGUAUCUCAGAUAUUAUUGCUCUGCAAAGAAAACUAUCACAAAAUAAAGUUGAUGAGGAAAAAACAUUUGAGGAUUUUGUUCAACUUUUAGAUGAUAUAGAGAAAGAAAAUUAUGAAGCAUUAGUAAAGUCGUUGACCAUGGCAUGGAGUUCCUGUAGACACUGCCUAAUGAAUAAUUAUGAUCGCUUAAAUACAACUGAAGCUCUCAAAGUUGAAGAGAUAGCUGCCGAUAUUCCUAUGAAAUAUUUGAUUCCUACCACAUCUGGUCCUGGUGUACUAAGUACAGCUUUAGUUGAUCAUCUUGUUAUAGUUCACAACAGUUUCAUCAAGCUAUGUAGAGAUUUUGUGGAGAAUAACUUAAACAAGCGGUGGAUGUGGGAAGCACAUAAAGUGUCUUUAAGAGAAAUGGAUUCAUCAUUGCAUGCUGUUAACUGCAAUACAGAAAAACUCAGAGAACUAGUCACAACUCACAGUGUCUUUAUUGCUAAUCCAUCUGGUACCAUUGGAAUUCAAUACAUGCUGGAUAAUCUUGAGAAAGAUAUUGUGCAGCAAUAUGUACUUGGCAAGCCAUUCAUCAUUGAUACUCUUAAUAUUCCUACAGUUGAAAAUGUUGUAAAGCUAAGGCAAGUUAUUGCACUGAUUACAAAAAACAUUGAACAGUCACCGCUGCCACUCAAAGUGAAAUCAGAUUUUAGAUCUGAUCUUAAGACAGUGCAAGUAAUAGUUGGAACUUGCGAAGUUUUAGAAGUAGCAAUGAAGUUUUUAAGCAAGCAAACUGCUCCAAAAACCAUGAAGUUAAGUGAAUAUAUUGAAGUUGAUCUUCUCAUGAAAGAACGAAUAAGAAGCAAGAAGAUAAUGGAAUAUUGCAAUUUAGAGCAUGUUAUUGGUUUGUGGAGGUUUCUUCAAGUGGAAUGUGCAAGGGUCAAAAAUCGUCACAAAAUUAAUCCCUUUGAACAUGUUAGAAAACAGUUUAGAAAUACUCUAAAGUCUGAUGCCAGAGCUGCUUUAGAAAAGGCUGCUCAUAAAGUUUCGGACCUGGAUUACUUGUUAGAAAUGUUAUUUGAGUUUAUUCAUACUUACGUUCAGUACUGUGAUGUAAAUGAUAGCCAAAAACCAUUGCACCAAAUCUUUGAAGAUUUUCUCAAGCAAACUAAGUCAAAGAUAAUUUCAGAUUUGAAUAAAAUUUUUCCUCACAAAGUGUUAUUGAGUCAAGUUACAGAUUGCUGGAAAUUUUUAGCUGAUUUUGAGGAUUCCAUAAAAAAACUUAAAAGCUAUUAGCCUGUAAUUUAGUUAGUUCUGGCAUUGUUAUUUUGUUUAUAACUGUAGUUUGUUUAUUACUGUAGUAUGUAGUAUAAUAUCUUUACUGUAGUUGAUUCCUUUCAUUGCUAUUUCCUGAUUUUACUCAUAAAAUUUUGUAAAAGUAA